AUGUUGCGUCACGGCGCCGCGCGGAGGAGGCGGGGAAAGAUGGCGGCGCCGGGGGAGGAGGCGGCGUUCGCGCGGCGGAUCGACCCGGCCCGGGAACCGGGGCUCAGCCCCGAGCAGCGCCGCCUCAUGGCGCAGGUGGAGUACGCUCAGCGCCAGCGCGCCCUGCAGCGCCGGCUCCGCAGCCGCAACGUGCUGCUGGCGCUCGGGAUCGGCGCGGUGACAUUUGGUAUUUACGGUUACACCUUCUACUCGGUGUCGCAGGAGCGGUUCCUGGAYGAUCUGGAGCAGGAGGCGGAGGCGGCGCGGGCGCGGGCCCGGGCGCGGGCAGAGGGCGCCGCAAGCUGAGCGGGGAGCGCCCGGUCCGGCCCGGCCCGGCCCGUGAUUGAGCUGCCGCCCUCGCGAGGCAGGACGGGCCUCGAGUCCUGAGGGCUUCGGGCCUGCCCCGUGCUCUGGUCGGCCAGGAGAAGGCCCCGGGGCUCCCCGCAGGCAGGGCUCCCCCGCGGGCAGACCCUGCCCUGGGGCCUUUACCGGGGCCGUGCCCAUGGGAGGGACAAGGGCACGCAGGUCCCACCACUCCCCACAAUAAAUCCUCUCACUGGA